AUGUCUAACAGAGCUGUUCCGCAGGGGUACCUGGCGAACCUGCAGUUCCGGAUACGGAGCGACAACUUGCCGCUGCUGAGCACGGUGCAGCCUUCGAGAGGGCACAAGCGUGGUGGGCGGGCUGUGAACUACGCGGAGUUCGACAACGAGUUGCUUGAAGAUUUCUCGAACUUCCCGACGUUUGACAUAGACAGCGAUUCCAACGACGAGGAGCAGUCGAGUGCGUCCGCGGGCAAUGAUGAUCCGCAGGCGAAUGCCAACGGUGGGGAAGCCGCUGGCGUGAAUGGCCAAGGUAGUGGAGAUGGUGGAAGUGCGAACACAGGUGCUGGCAGGCAUGGCAAGAGCCAAUUGACCGCGGAAAUGGAGAAAAACUAUAAAACCGGGGUGCCUGAUUUGAACGAGCAGAAGGACUCGCUCAACGUGCUCAGAUACCAGAAGAUCAGAGAGAGUUUCCAACACGGAAAGAUAGCUGUGCCGUACAGGUUGUACGUGCCACCGGAACUGUCGACGGGGCAACAGGAAGCCAUACUCAUACCAAUAACACUAAAUGUGGAACACGGAAAUAACACGAUCUCCGAUGCCUUUGUAUGGAACGUGAAUGACACUUCGAUAUCGGUUGAAGACUUUGUCACUACAUAUUGCAACGACUUGGGCUUGUACGGUAAUGUAUCCCUACACUCUCAAAUAGUCUCAUCCAUCAACGAACAAAUACAGGAAUUGGAAAACGUAGCGUCAUUGGUAAUACCCGAUCUGGAAGUUGUAGUGAACUUAACCUGCACUAUUCAAGGUAAAUUCUUUGAAGAUUAUUUCCAGUGGAACUUGAGCGAUAAGAGUCUGUCACCAGAGAAAUUUGCAUUAAUUAUUGUAGCUGAUUUGGGACUUGCUAGGGAAUUCGCACCAGGGAUAGCUCACUCCCUACAUGAAUAUCUAUUGCAUGUAAAGAAGGAGUGGGCUGAGGGAAGUUUGCAUCAAGACACUGUGCCAAAUGAAGCAGCAUUUGGUUACUUGGCAGGUGUACGGUUGAAUAUUGAUGACCUCGGUGCCAAAUGGGCACCGAAGGUGGAAUACUUGACUCAAGAAGAAAUCCAAAAGAGAGAAAUCGAGAAGGAAAGAAAUAUGAGAAGAUUGAAGAGAGAAUCAGAUAGAAUGGGAGGUGGUGCGAGAAGAGGACGUCGAAGAUUGGAUGACCUGGAGUUGACAAUGAAGAUGUAA